AUGGAGAAGACUGAUAUUACGACUGAUAUUAUGGAAAUGGAAACUGAAGGCGUUAUAAGGGGCAGUGAGGUUGGUGUUGGUGAUUAUGGCACUGUGGUUAAGUUUAGGAGUAAUGUUGAAAUGGAGGAGGGCAAUGAUAUGGAGGGUAUAGAAGACAUAGUUGUUAUAGAUAGUUGUGCUGAGGAUGUUGGUAAAGUUAGUGUAGGUGCAGUUGACAUGAAUGUUAGCAACGAAAUGAGUUUAAUUGUUAAGGAGCCUAAGGAAGGGAUGGUUUUUUGGUCUUGGCAAGAGGUUGAAGCCUACUAUAAGGAGUAUGUUGAGCAGAUGGGGUUUGGAGUGUCAAGGGUUCAAGGUGUAAAUUCUAAGACGGCGGACAAACAAAGAAUUGUAAACACGUGGAAAUGUGAGUGUUGGGGAAAACCCGACAUGAGGGCUAGGAGGGAAGCGAAUAAGAGGGCAAAGGCAAUGAGUGUUGGAGGUUCAGGUGGUUUAGUUGAUGGGGUGACCGUGCACUUAAAGCAUAAUCACAAGAUUAAUCCGGCAAAUUCUAAGCUUGUGAAGGAGUACCGCAUGAAGCAAAUGACCUCAAAAGUAAAGAAGAAGUUGAUGGAUUUCUAUGAGCAAGGCGCACCAAUUUCUCAAAUACACGGUUGCAUGGCAACCGAACGAAACCGUAACAUGGCUCUCACCAUCAAAGAUUUACAACAUGAGGUGUACAAGGCUAGGCGGUUGAAGAUGGUUGGAGGGGACUCGGUGGCAAUCAUGGAGUACUUAGAAAAAAUGCAAUCCGGCUACCAAAUAUUUUUCCAUGUUCAAUGUUUGGAUGAAGAAGGGAGACUUAAGGAUGUGUGUUGGGUGGAUGCAAGAAGUAGGUUAGCUUAUGAGGACUUUGGUGAUGUAGUUUGCUUCGACGCAACAUACCUAACAAACGAGUACGAGCUCCCAUUUGCGAACUUUGUUGGUGUGAACCAUCAUGGGCAAUCGUUGUUGUUGGGAUGUGCUCUUGUUUCACAUGAAGAAUGA